AAAAAAGAGAAGAUCCCCUCCCCUGGCCCAUCCCUUCCCCUCUUCCUUCCCCCCUCCCCCCGAACUUUCCCUCUCGCAUGCUUUUCCCCUGCACCACGGAUCGCCUCUCGGAUGCCGCUUGCCUGGAAGCUGCGUUAGGAGCGAGCGGCGGCGGCGGCGGCGGUGGCGGCGGCGGCAGCUCGCGAGUGCUAUGACCGGCAAACUCGCCGAGAAGCUGCCGGUGACCAUGAGCAGUUUGCUAAACCAACUGCCUGACAAUCUGUACCCCGAGGAGAUCCCCAGCGCGCUCAACCUCUUCUCCGGCAGCAGCGACUCGGUAGCCCAUUACAAUCAGAUGGCUACAGAGAAUGUAAUGGACAUCGGUCUGACCAACGACAAGCCCAAUCCGGAACUCUCUUACUCCGGCUCCUUCCAGCCAGCCCCCGGCAAUAAGACCGUGACCUACUUGGGAAAGUUCGCCUUUGACUCCCCUUCCAACUGGUGCCAGGACAACAUUAUUAGCCUCAUGAGCGCCGGCAUCUUGGGGGUGCCCCCGGCCUCUGGGGCGCUCAGCACGCAGACCUCCACGGCCAGCAUGGUGCAGCCGCCGCAGGGCGAUGUGGAGGCCAUGUAUCCGGCGCUGCCCCCCUAUUCUAACUGCAGUGAUCUCUACUCGGAGCCUGUGUCUUUCCACGACCCCCAGGGCAACCCCGGGCUCGCCUAUUCCCCCCAGGAUUACCAAUCGGCCAAGCCGGCAUUGGACAGCAAUCUUUUCCCCAUGAUUCCUGACUACAACCUAUACCACCACCCCAACGAUAUGGGCUCCAUUCCCGAGCACAAGCCCUUCCAGGGCAUGGACCCCAUCCGGGUCAACCCGCCCCCCAUUACUCCCUUGGAGACCAUCAAGGCUUUCAAAGACAAGCAGAUCCACCCAGGCUUCGGCAGCCUGCCUCAGCCGCCGCUCACGCUCAAGCCCAUCCGGCCCCGCAAGUACCCCAACCGGCCCAGCAAGACCCCGCUCCACGAGCGGCCCCAUGCUUGCCCAGCGGAGGGCUGUGACCGCCGUUUCAGUCGCUCGGACGAGCUGACCCGGCACCUGCGCAUCCACACGGGCCACAAGCCCUUCCAAUGCCGGAUCUGCAUGCGGAGCUUCAGUCGCAGCGACCACCUUACCACUCACAUCCGCACGCACACGGGCGAGAAGCCCUUUGCCUGCGAGUUCUGCGGGCGCAAGUUUGCGCGAAGCGACGAGCGCAAGCGCCACGCCAAGAUCCACCUCAAGCAAAAGGAAAAGAAGGCGGAGAAGGGGGGUGCGCCCUCUGCGUCCUCGGCGCCCCCGGUGUCUCUGGCCCCUGUGGUCACCACCUGCGCCUGAGGCUGCGGCCCCCAGGUCCCCACUUUUUCCCUCCAGUGUCUCCCAGCUGCUCGUCUAAAGCAGCUGCAACGCUAGCCACGGAGGCGCAGGGGCCGCGCCCUGGCCUUUCCAUGGACGUAAGGUCCCUUGUUUCCCUUCGACGUCCCCCGUUUCCACCUUUUCACACUGGCCAACGGUUGGGGGCCAGGGCACGAGGAGCCUUCCCCUCGCUUGCCCCCCCACCCACCUCCCAGCCAAGGCGUGGGGGCGGAAAGGUGGCGUCUAGCCCGCUUUGUUCAGUACGGAUCGCCUUGAUCCAGGGGCCGCUGGGCCGCGCCAAGGACCUGCGGGGGGAGGGGGGGACUGAAGGCGGGCCCGCCCAAACCUCGCCCGACCCAAGCACCUCAUGGUCCCCCCCCACCCCACCCCACGUCUUCCUCGGUUCCCCUUCGAAGACCCGAAAGGGGGAGGGGAUAAGGAGCGCACC